AUGGUUGUCAGUGAGCUGUGCAACCCGGUUCUCCAGGCCCAGGAGGGUCAGAUGAAGCGGGAGCUUGUAACUUCAGUUUGUGGUGUGGACACUGUCAACAUGUACCUCACCAGCAUUUCCUUUUAUACAGGUUGCUGCUGUGGAGCAGAGAAUGUGGAGGCACCGACGGAACAGAAGGUUUCCGUUAGAGAGUCCCAAGCAAGGAAUCCCAAGUUAGCCUUGUCUUCCCAGAAGAGCCACCCCUGUGAGAGUUGUGGGCUCAUCUUGGGAAACAUUUUCUCCAUGCUGGAGCUGCAGGGAACACAACAUAGACAGAUAAUGUUGAGGUGUGGGGCAUGUGCAAAAUGGUUUUACUUCAGUGUAAAAUUUCACCAAUGGCAUGUAAGAGAGAAGACUUUCAUUAGAGGUGUGGACAGGAUCUCACGUUCAAACAGCUGCAAUUUCAGUGUGUCCCAGAAUUGUUUCACCUAUGGAGAGGAUGGGCAGGAUGUCCUCCACCUAAAGGCUCCUCAGACUAGUGACAGUCCCAAUGCUAUUUCAACCCGUGGGAUGACGUUUCAAAGGAGAAAAAAUUGUUACGCCAGAGAAGAAUGUAAGAAAGACAUUAGUUGCAACAACAUGUUUAUUCAGGAAAAGGGUGUCCAUGUUGUAAGUCGAUGUUUUGUGUGCUCUGAAUGUGGGAAAUCUUUUACAAAAAACUCUCGCCUUCAUUAUCAUCAGAGAAUUCACAGAGGAGAAAAGCCUUAUCAAUGCAGUGAAUGUGGGAAAACUUAUACCACUAACACCAGCCUUCGUAGUCAUCAAAGAAUUCACACUGGAGAAAAGCCUUAUCAAUGCAAUGACUGUGGGAAAACUUAUACAACUAACACCUACCUACGUAAGCAUCAGAGAGUUCAUACAGGAGAAAAGCCUUAUAAGUGCAGUGAAUGUGGGAAAAGUUAUACCACUAACACCAACCUUCGUAGUCAUCAGAGAAUUCACACUGGAGAAAAGCCUUAUCAAUGCAAUGACUGUGGGAAAACUUAUACAACUAACACCUACCUACGUAAGCAUCAGAGAGUUCAUACAGGAGAAAAGCCUUAUAAGUGCAGUGAAUGUGGGAAAUCUUUUACAAGGUCCUUUGGUCUCCAAUAUCAUCAGAGAGUUCACACAGGAGAAAAGCCUUAUAAAUGCAGUGAAUGUGGAAAAUCUUUUACCAGUAGCACUGCACUUCAUUGUCAUAGGAUGUUUCACACAGGAGAAAAGCCUUUUAAAUGCAGUGAAUGUGGUAAGUCUUUUACAAGGAGCACUCUUCUCCAGUAUCAUCAGAGAGUUCACACAGGAGAGAAGCCUUAUCAAUGCAGAGAAUGUGGGAAAGCUUUUACCUUGAAAGAUAUCCUCUGUCGUCAUCAGAGAGUUCACACAGGAGAAAAGCCUUUUAAAUGCAGUGAAUGUGGCAAAUCUUUUACCUGGAGUAGUACGCUUCAUAAUCAUCAGAUAGUUCACACUGGAGUAAAGCCUUAUAAAUGCAGUAAAUGUGAGAAAUCUUUUACCUGGAGUAAUGCCCUUCGUCAUCAUGAGAGGGUUCACACUGGAGAACAACCUUAUAAAUGCAGUGAAUGUGGAGAAACUUUUACAACUAGAAGCCAUCUUCAAUAUCAUCAGAGAGCUCACACUGGAGAAAGCAGUUCUGAGUGUCACACUGGAGAAAGGCCUUAUGAGUACAGUGAAUAUGGGAAAGCUUUUAGCAGUAUUAACAGCCUAGGUGAAUAUGAAGCUUUGCGCACUGAAGAAAGGCCCUAUGCGCGCAAUGAAUGUGGAAAUCCUGUUACCAAUAGCACUGCCGUCUAUUAUGAUCAGAGCCUUCUCACAGCAGAAAGGCCUUAUGAGUGCAAUGAGUGUGGGAAAUCUUUUACUCACAUCAGUAACUUUCAUUGUCAUCGGAGAAUUCACACUGGAGAAAAGCCUUAUAAAUGUAGUGAAUGUGGAAAGUCUUUUUCAACUUUCAAUGCUCGCAAAUAUCAUCAUUACAGAGUGCACUCUGGAGAAAGGCCUCAUCACUGCAGUGAAUGUGGGAAAUCUUUUAUCACUUUGUCUCACCUUCAGAAGUCAUCAGAGGGUUCAUACAGGAGAAAGCCUUAUAAAUGCAAUGAAUGUGGGAAAUCUUUUGCCCAGAGCGGUAGCCUUCUUUCUCACCAGAGCAUUCACUCUGAAGAUAAGCCUUAUAUAUGUGGUGAAUGUGGGAAAGCUUACAACUGUUUCAUGAAACUUUGUCUUCAUCAAAGAGUGCACACUGGAGAAAGGCCUUUUCGCUGCAGUGAAUGUGGGAAAUCUUAUACCAGGCAAAGUGCACUUUGUCAGCAUCGGAGAAUUCAUAGAGGAGAAAAGCCUCAUAAAUGCAGUGAAUGUGGGAUGACUUUCAACCAAAGAGCGAUGUCCAUCGCCGUCAUCAGAGAAAUCAUGCAGGACUGA